AUGCUGAGUUGCCCAUGGAUUGCAACGCGUCCAGCGCCUCUUAGAUGGCUCGCAACGGCUGCUCCUGAGGUCUCAUCGUCCACGGCACCCCCACCCCCAUUGCCGACAGACCCCAAACUCAACCAACUCGUUGAUAGUAUCUCGGGGCUCACUCUCCUCCAGGCCGCGGAUCUUGUCACUCUUCUCAAAACGCGUCUGAAUAUCCAGGAGAUUGCCAUGCCUGCUGCGGGUCCGACAGUAGCAGCCCCAGCGGCCGAAGCCGAAGCCGCCGUAGAAGUUCGCGAGAAGCCCAAGGAAAAGACGAUUUUCAACGUGAAGCUUGAGUCCUUCAACCCCGCGGCGAAGCCUAAGAUCAUCAAAGAGGUCAAAGCUCUGGUUCCCAACCUCACUCUGAUUGAGGCUAAAAAGUUCGUCGAGUCUUUACCAAAAAUCCUCAAGGAGUCGUUGCCGAAGGAGGAUGCCGAGAAAGUCAAGAAGACCUUCGAGACUCUUGGCGGCGUUGUUGUUCUCGAGUGA